ACCAGACCAGACCAGACCAGACCUGCAGACCUGCAGACCUGCAGACCGGGACCAGGUGAGACCCGGGUCUCCCUCAGCUCCUCACGUGACAGCGGUGAUGACAGCUCGUGGACACAAAACCGACAACAAACCGUGAAGCAUCAUGGGAGAUGACAGAUGGACGAGCCGGCCGUGGGCCAAUCAGAGCCUGUGACACAGACACACACACUCACACACACACUCACACACACACUCACACACACACUCACACACACACACACACUCACACUCACACACACACACACUCACACUCACACACUCACACACGCUCACACCAUGGAACAAGGGUUCAGCUUAAAUACGCUGAAGAAGCUGGCGGCUGAGCCGGACUACACGGACGUGUCGCUGACGGCGGCGGAGCGAGUGCGAGCGCUGGGGAAGAUGGGAUGCAGCGUUGAGAUCAACGAGGACGUCGAGCCGAGGCGCUACUUCCGCUCCGGCGUGGAGAUGGAGCGCAUGGCGGCGGUUUACCUGGAGGAGGGCAGCCUGGAGAACGCCUACGUCCUCUACACCAAGUUCAUCACUCUGUUCGUAGAGAAGCUGCCCGCUCACAGAGACUAUCAGCACUGCAGCCUUCCAGAGAAGCAGCUCAUCAUGAAGAAACUUCAGGAAGUGGCGUUUCCUCGUAAAGACGAGUUGAAGAAACGUCUUCAGGAGAAAUACAGCAGGGAACACACAGAGUACCUCAGAGCCCAGGCGGCUGCGGCGACGGCGGCGGUUUGUGGCCAGCAGCUGCAGCGUCUCUCCCUAUUGGGCGAAGACAGGAGGCGCUGCCUGUUAUUGGAGGAGGAGCGUCAGCGUGUCGCCGCCCUGCGACGCAUGCAGAUCGAAUCAGAGCAGUUUCGCUACUUCGAGGACCAGCUGAGGCGUCAGGACCUGGCCAAUAGGAGAGGAGAGGAGGAGGGGCCAAAGGUGGAGACCAAAGUGCCUGAGGUGACGGACGGCUCCUGUUUGUCUCGGCAGCCAAUCAGAGAUGGCGUACGAUCCCAGGGGGCGGAUCCUAACAGGAACAGGUCGCUAGCACCGGUCAGCCAACCAGCUGCCACGCUGGCUGGAGUACACACUCAGAGGGUGGAGGGUUUGAGGCGGGUGGUGAUUCCCAGAGAUCUGACGUAUCGUUUCCUCCUGCUGGCUGAAUCCAACACAGCCAGAGGGAUAGAGACCUGUGGAGUCCUCUGUGGACGACUGACGCACAACGAGUUCAUGCUGACUCACGUCGUCAUCCCCAAACAGUCCGCUGGUCCGGAUUACUGCGACAUGGAGAACGUGGAGGAACUCUUCAGUUUCCAGGACCAACAUAGCCUGCUGACCCUCGGCUGGAUACACACUCAUCCCACUCAGACGGCCUUCCUCUCCAGCGUCGACCUUCACACUCACUGUUCUUAUCAGCUGAUGCUGCCGGAAGCCGUCGCCAUCGUGUGUGCUCCCAAACACAACGAUACCGGUGUGUUCAGGUUAACGGGUCCCGGGAUGUCGGAGGUUUCUGUCUGCAGACUGAAAGGUUUCCAUCCUCACUCCAAGGAGCCUCCUCUCUUCAGUGUGUGUAAACAUGUGGUUCUGAGGGACUCAAAGAUCAGCCUGCUGGACCUCAGGUGACAGACAGGAGGCGCCGUCCGACUGUUUACUGCUGGAUGCCUUUAAUCUGUGAAGAGGAAACUGUGAACACGUGUG